AUGUUUGCAUAUAAAUUACAUCAAGUUUUGUUUAUAUUUAUUGUUAAUGGUUGUUAUUGUCAAAGGCGAAUUAAAGAUGGCGAAGCUGUGAAGGAUCCUAAAAAUUACAUGGUAUACCUCGUCAAGUCACCAGUAUCACCUCAAAACUACGAUGGCUGGUUAUGCGGUGGGGCGCUCGUCUCUCCUGAGUACAUAGUGACGUCAGCGGCAUGCGUCAGUGACGUCAUACACCUAUAUGCUGUAGCCGGGUAUGACAAAUAUGUACGAGACACUGAGAUAAACGUCGAUCCUUGUACAAAGGCUAAGAAGAAGAAAGUUGUGCUCAUUUGCACACCUCAGGCUUACGAGCUUAGUUACGAACAAGUUGAGAAAUGGUCUUUCAUCGAUAUCGCCGUGGUGAAAGUCGAAACGCCUUAUGAUUUUAAAGACGCCACAUACUCGACCACUUGCUCAUACACGCCAAAUGCUAUUACCAUCAACUAUCAAACGAAAUAUCAGGAACCUAAAGUGGACGCUAUAGUAUUCGGUUGGGGUCAUACAAAGAAUUGGAGAAAUCUAAAUGACCCAACCGAUUUAAACCAGGAGAGAUUGAUGUUCGCUCCUACGCUAAUACAAGACAAAGAAGAAUGCAAGAAAGGAUACACAGCUUAUAAUGGAAUGGAUCAAAUAAUAGACAAGUAUAUGAUCUGUACUUUCGAAAAGGGUAACAUCAAUGAUGCGGGAAUGACAAUACUUAAGACACCACCCACAGCCGAAGGAUGUGAUACGAAAGUGAAAAGACUUCAGGGGAGCGAAACUGCAUACUGUGAAAAUGCCAACAGUCCUGGUAUUGAAGUAGCCUUGAUUGAAACAAGAAAAGACAUCAAACCUAUCAAUCAAACGAUUCACAAUUUAAACCAAACACAUAGAAGAAAUCUUAACGAUAUAACAAAUGUUGUUGAUGUAAAACUUAGUGAGAACGUUGGCAAAAAUAUUAAGAAAAAUUAUGAUCAAAAGCUUACUUAUCGUAGUAGCGAUAUUUAUAAGCAGGCUUUAGAUAGCAACAGUACCCAUAAUAACACUUUGCAACAUAAAGAAGAGAGAAGAUAUUUUUCGAGAAGACACGGAAUUUGUCAGAAUGACCAUGGAGGUCCGUUAGUUACAUGGGUAGGUUCUCAUGAAGUUCUCAUCGGUGUUGCAUCCGUAUUUAAGAUAACAGAACAACGUGAAUGCAUCGGACCAUACUUGUUUACAAGCACGCAAUGCAACGGCGCUUUUUUGGACUGUAUACUAAAAAAUGAUAACACUAAAGAUCAACAACAAAGACGUGCAAUAUGUGAUGCCGAAUUCGGAUUUAAGUUGGUUGAAACGCAAAUAUCUUGGAAAGAUCACCCUGACGGGCCUGCGGAGAAUGAAAACAACACAGCUGAUUCAAAUUUAACCUAUCAUGCAACAAUCGAUCUCAAGUUUGAAAAACAAAAACCAAUUGAUUUACACACUCUUACUAAUGUGUCCUCUCCUUUCGAAAACUUAACAUCUACGAACCAAGUUUCAUUCAAAAUAAAUCCGCUUAGCAAUGAAAACCCAACGAGAAACACAACAGACAAAAAUUUUGCUGUUACCACUCCCACAAAUUUAACAAAUACAACUUUGAAUAAAAACGAUUCUACUUUAUUAACAAAUAUUGCGUUAAAACUUUUAACUAACGUAACAACAAUUAAAAAUUUGAAUGAUCUGUCUUCUCAAUUAAACAAGGCUGCAUCUACAUUAGAACUUAAAAGUGCUUCAUCUGUAGAUUUAAUUAAUGUUACAACUUCAAAUGUUACUUCUACUACAACUUCAAGUACAAUUAAAGUAACAUCUUCUGCUUCUGUUAAAUCCACUCCAGCGUCUAUACAAAACGUCACUUCGUCAAUAUCUUUUAAUUUAAGUAAUAUUACAUUAAGUACCGUAACAAAUUCAGUAACGAGUACUGUUUCUGCAGAUCUUAAGAAUACCACAACUAGUAAACCAACAUCUACAAACCAAUUUUCAUUCAAAAUAAAUCCGCUUAGCAAUGAAAAACCAACGAGAACCACAACAGAUAAAAAUUUUGCUGUUACCACUCCCACAAAUUUAACAAAUGCAAAUUUGAAUAAAGACGAUUCUACUUUACUAACAAAUAUUGCGUUAAAGCUUUUAACUAACGUAACAUCAAUUAAAAAUUUAAAUGAUCUGUCUUCUGAAUUACACAAAGCUGCAUCUACAUUAGAACUUAAAAGUGCUUCAUCUGUAGAUUUAAAUAAUGUUACAACUUCAAAUGUUACUUCUACUACAACUUCAAGUACAAUAAAAGUAACAUCUUCUGCUUCUGUUAAAUCCACUCCAGCAUCUAUAAAAAACGUCACUUCGUCAAUAUCUUUUAAUUUAAGUAAUACUACAUUAAGAACACUAGUACACAUUAGUAAAGAAACAAAUGCAGUAACGAGUACUGUUUCUGCAGACCUUAAGAAUACGACACUAGUUGUUGUCACGCCAACAUCUAAAACUGUAAGCUAAUACAUUGUCUUAUAAGUA